AUGAGUAUGAAAUUCAAUAAGUGCCUUUUUGGUCACAAGAAGAAAAACAAUUCUAAAGCCAAUUCUACUUUUCAAAGCGAUGAAGCGUCAUCGUUUUCUAUUAAUGUGACAAGCAUGAUCCAAGAGCUUGAAAGAGUGUCCAAACAGUUAAACUACUCUGAUCUUGAGUUGAAGAAAGAAGAGGCUAGUGUUUCAUCAUCUAAAUGUGAUGAUCCAAAGAACCAAGCUUUGGAGAAGCUAGAGUUCAUCUUAUCGACAGAAUUCAAGGUUGACAAAAAUGGGUUUAUCUCUGCAGAGGAGAUCUUGAGGGUGAUGAGGAAAAGAGGUCGUGAGUAUUUGAUCAAAGAGUGUGAGAAUAUCAUCAGAAACUUGGACCCAAACGCAAAUGGUAUGAUUAAGUUUGAAGAGUUUAAGCGCAAACUUAUGGCUCUUGGUUCGUAUGUUGUUGAAGUUUUGAAAAAUCCAUAG